GUAUUAAGGUAAUUGGUGGCAUCAAGGAACCCACUGGAGAAGAAUAUGGGGUUUAUGUCAAGAGGAUCCUUCCAGGGGGUGUUGCUUAUGCUGACGGGCGCCUGCAGCCAGGAGACCAGAUCCUGGAGGUCAAUGGAGAUUCCCUAAUUGGGGUGACAAGCGAGAGGGCCGUGGACAUCCUGAGGACGGCAUCAGCCACCAGCCACAUGCGCCUUCUCAUAGCCCGUGAUGACGAUGCCAGGAGAGAGUUCUCUGAGCUGCUGGAAAAGUUUGGCUCCCAGAGCAACACGGGCUCAGCGCGGAGCUCCCCCAUCCUGCAUGGCGGCAGUCGAUACCUGGAAAGCACAUCCUCGGGCUCCUCCUCGCGCUCCCAGAGCCCGCUGCUGCUGAGCCCCGCCAACUCCCACGGCCCCUUCAUCGGGAACCCGGUGCACCCCUCUCACGCACACUACUCCAUUGAAUCAGGAAUCCAGAGCAUUUCUAUAGCAAAAUCCUCCGGCUUAGGGCUGACAAUCAGUGGUGGAUCUAACAGGCCUGAUGGCCCCAUGAUUUAUGUCCAAGAGCUUAUGCCAGAUGGUGACUGUUACAAGGUCCUGCAGUAUCUCGGUCUGGAUGUGACCGAGGAGAAGAAGAGGCAGCUACGACAAACCUUGACCACGGACUCGCAGGGGACGGUGGCCUACGGAGAUCUUCUCCAAGCACUCAGGGACGUGAUGCAGGAGGAGCUGGACGAGGCUGGGCUGGAUUCCAGCUCCAUGCUCUUCACGCAGCAUGAAGUGGCCAGUUUGCUGGAUACGUCGGCUUUUCACUCGCCGACCUUUGACUCUCCCAACUGCAAUGGCACCGAGGAGCUGGAGCAGCUGCAGCUGGAAAUGAUGGAUCUGCGGCAAGAAGUCCGAAGGCUAAAGUCUCUCCUGAAAGAGGUGGAGAACAGCAAGAAGUCGAUGGAAGAUGAGCUUCAGAGGCUGAACCAGAAAGCCCUGGGCUUCCUCUCCGAGAACCGGACGCUGCACAGCAAGCUGCAGAUGGCCGAGGUGGUGCAGAGACAGGCUCACAGCGCGGAGCAGGACUAUGAGGAAGUCAUCCACCUGCUGGAAGCUGAAAUUGCAGAACUGAAGAUGCAGUUGGCAGGGAAGAAAGCAAAACACGCCUCUGAAAUAGAG